CAGUUGCAAGUGGAUCUGCGUAAGAUGCCUUUUUCAUCUCCCUCACUCCCCGAUCAGAACACGCGCAACACUGCACGCAUUCCUCAUAAUGCUCCACUGUUUGCCGAUUCAUUUCCACUGCACCCCCUCCUCCCUCAAUUCAUUCAAUUUGCCCAAUUUGCUCAGCUCUCUCUCUCUCUCUCUCUCUGGCCAUUGUCAUUUGAGUUGUGAGUCCACUGCCUGGUAGUAUUGCAGGGGGGUUGCUGCAUCGUUCGGGCUCGAUCGUCGCUAUUUACCAUUCCCGGAGCGAAUUCCAUCUGCAGAAGCACGUUGCUUGAAGAAUACGUAGGCUGGCGUUUGUUCCAGCUCUAAAUUGCCCAAGCAGGGAAUAUUGUGGGUCUGAAGAGCUAGACUGUGCCACCAUUCUGAGUUCACCGUGAACUUCAAUUCGUCACAUUUGUUCAAGGUAUGUUGCAGCAGUGGCUGUAGGAGUAUUUUGUGUAUUGUCACAUCUAUUCGUGAGAAGCGGUCGUAAACUCUGGUGGGAGCUAGGUUGGUAUAUAGUGCAGAUGGCAGCUCCCGCCGCAGCCAUGGGCCUUUUCCACAACCAUUGUCCAGCGGGACUCCAUCAAAGCAGGCUUGCACCAUUCCCUUUCGGAUCAACCUCACGGAGCUCUCCGUUGUGGACCUCGCCCCUCGCUGGUGCCGUCCACUCCGCCCCAUUCCCUGCCGCCAUGAAAGUGCGGAAUUCGAGAUCUCUCACGAAGCGAAACUCCAGCAUGUCGUUUAACAACGACAGUGUCGCAGAGAACUUCAGCGAGAACGACGAGGACUACGCAGACUCCACAAUUUUGGAAGCCCUGGAGGUCAGGAGCGGUCCUGAUGGUUGCGUCAUUAAGUUACGCGACGGCAAUGUGCUCAAGUGCGUGCACAACACGAAAGAAGGGGGAACUCUACCUAUUUACGCUCCGCAACCAGCUAUUGUUCUGCAACUCAAUGACGGCUCCAACCUCUUACUACCCAUUAUUGUGCUCGAGUUCCCGAGCGCAAUGCUCUUGGAUGCUCUACAAAAUGUACAAAUCUCACGCCCGACGGUGUACCAAGUAAUGAGGAACAUCUUGGAGGUUUCGGGAUACAAGGCGAAGCUUGUCCGAGUGACGAAACGAGUCAACGAGACUUACUUCGCCAGGGUUCAUCUCGUGAAAGAGGGAGACGACAGCGCUCCACCCGUCAGCCUUGAUAUUCGUCCUUCAGAUGCAAUCAACCUCGCUGCCAGAUGCAAAAUCCCCAUCCAGGUGAGCAAGGACCUGGCCGUGGGCGAUGGAGUCCGCAUCGUGAACGACCCAGAGAAGCCGCAGUCCAGCAUCGUCACCAAGGACGGGCAAGUCAUCACGGACUUGGACACACCCCUUCCUAGAGACUGCAAAGACGCCAAGGAGUUUAUCAUCAUCCGGGACAUGUACAUUGCAGCGGUGGAGGAGAGGUUCAUCGACGCAGCGAAGCUUCGUGAUGAGCUUGAGCAGUUCCGACAAGCGGAGAGGAUGGAGAUCAUAGAGAGCUCGGAACAAAAGCAUGCAGCUGAAUGAAAACUCUCCCUUAGUUCAAGCAGUUUUAGCCCACUAGAAAAUAUCGCAUAGCAAUUGUUCAAGCCUGCAUUCUGGCUUGUAUUAGUCUUCUAUCUACACCUCAUAUAUCACGGUCUGGAGUUCAGCGUCGGUGUGGCACUCAGACACUGCUCAUGUACAUAUCAGAGGAGCUGUCCGCACCGACCAGGGCGAAGCUUGUUGAAGAUGAAGCAAAGCCAACGAACCCAUCUUCGCCAUAGCCAUGUAGCCAGCCCGCAGCAGCUCGAAUGUGCACCUAGUGUGCCGUUUUCGGAUCUGUUGUGAGCCGAACUUCCACAUAGAAACUUAAGUCAUGUAUAAUAUACACUGCUAUAGAUUCGAUUAGCUCUGUUCAGAUUACUGGAACAGUAUAGUUUAGGAUCUAGUCCUGGCCCUUACAUCGCACGAUCGUAGACUGCAGGAGCUGACGAUCGAUCCAUCCAUCGAUCACUGGGAUUGUACCAAUCUGCCGACAAUUUCACGCCGAACUCUGUGAGAGUGCGGACUUGUGUGUGGACAAGA